AUGUACUGUGUCUGUCGUCUUGGAGCUUAGUUACGUGUGCAGAUUGACCCUCACAAGCUUAGGCGCCAGGCUCCGAACACGACAACAUCGACGACAGCGACAACCACUCGACCAUUACCGUACGCCUGUGUCCGAGAUAUACCUGAUCGACUCUUUUCGGCCGCACGCCGCCUCUGGAAGAAGCGAAAGCGCCCCGCCGGCGCAAACCCCCAUCGCUACUCAGUGUCCACACCCCAGCGCCCCGACCAUGUCUGGAGCCGGCUAUGAUGCCGUCGUCGAUGUUGACGACGAGGGUGACUUGGGCCACACCGAUCUUCAAGACGACCUCGAGUUCCACAACUCGACCUUCCAAGAAACCGCACCCGGCGGCAGGAAAGCCGGCCACACCGGGGCCGGGGCCUCGGGCUCGGGGCUCCCUCUACCCGCAACCGCUUCGGCCGUCUCGGGGAAGCGGUUCCUGUGGUCGAUCCAGUUCUACCAGCAGUUCUUCGAUGUCGAUACCUCGGCCGUCCUGAGCAGGUGCUGGGCCGCCCUGUACCCCCGCGCCAACUUCCUGGAUGUGCUAGAGGGUAACCCCGACCUGUACGGGCCCUUCUGGAUCGCCACUACCGUUGUGUUCAUCCUCUUCAUUGGUGGCACCAUAAGCCAGUACCUCGCCGUGAAGGGUACAUCGUCGUUUGCAUACGAUUUUACUCUGCUGAGUGGCGCCGCUGGGCUUAUUUACGGAUAUACACUGGCGAUUCCCGUGAUCCUCUUCCUCGCGCUGCGCUACUUCGGAUCCGAGUCGGCCAACCUGCUCGAGUGCUGGGCGUUGUACGGCUACAGCAAUCUGAUCUGGAUCCCCGUGGCCAUCGUUAGCUGGUCACGCAUCGAUAUCCUCAACUACGUCUUUGUGGCCGUCGGUUUCGGCUACUCGGUCGCGUUCCUCUUGCGAAACCUGUACCCGGUCCUGAGCGCGACGGACCGCCAGACCAGCAAGGCGCUCCUGAUCGUGGUUGUCGUCCUCCACUUCGCGCUGGCCGUCACCAUCAAGUUCCUCUUCUUUGCGCACCAUAGCCCCAUCGGGUCAGGUUCAGGGGACGAGGCAAAGACCCCGGCUAGCUAGUUCGCCUCGCGUGCUUGGGAGCACGUCGUGUAUUCUAUCUAGUACAUGAUAAGGGUGGACCAGAAUGUGCGAUUAGUGUUGACUGUUUGGCUUGUUGUUUUUGGACUGGCAGCCGGAUGAGGACAGGCUCUGUCAUCAGGGCGUUUGUCAGUUUUUGACGUGAUGGUGCAAAUUCGAGUUGCAACACAGCAUGGGAUCUUGAAUCCCGAGAACAAAAAGGGCUGCUGAUUAUUGAUUGUUCCAUAUUCUACGGCUACCGAGGAGGCUUGCCGCCCGGUAGCAGCCUUUACCGUUGAACCUCGCCGCCGUUGCUGUCCCAGUCCAGCCAACUGCCCGAAUACUCGCCGACGUUCCUCCACCCCGCGUCUCUGGCGAGCUGUGCGGCUGCGCGGCUCCUGACUCCGGCCUUGCAGUAGAAGACGAGCUCGGCGUCGUGAUCCGGGCGGGGGAAGUCGAACCUGUCGGCGAACUCGUCGUCGGUGAUGUGGAAGCUGUCGGGCUGGGUGGUGAUGGGUAUGUUGAUGGCCGUCGGGAUCCGGCCCGUGGACUG